AUGAAGCAGGGCGAAUCCCUUCCUCUCCACCACAGCAUCUUGCUGCAAAGGCACCGCCGUCUGCGGAACAUCAUCACAAUAUACCACGAACCCGAAGACGGCGUAGAACUAAAAGUGUCCUACUCGAGAAACCUAGCCGGUGUGGUUGCCAAAAUCCAACGGCGUAGCAACCACAAAAACGCCUUCCACCGCUUCCAACAUCUCCCAGUCGAACUCCAGGUCGAGAUCUGGAAAUGGACGCUCGUAGAGCCGCAGGUAUACUGCUUUAAGAGUGAGGACGACCAAAGGGAGCGAAUAUUGUGUCCAAAGCCCCGUCCUGCACUGUUUGUCUGCGCAUUGUCAAGACAGAUUGCGACAGAAAACCUCUAUCGGAUGCCGCAAACUAUGCGCGGGAAGGACACCCGUAAAGAUCAUGGCUGGGUCUACGUUAACCCUGCUACCGACAUGUUUUACAAUCACUUCUCCUCUAUUGACAAGCAGAGCCCAAACUGCCCAGAAUCUUGGAGGAAAAUGGCCAGCGGCACGGCUAUAAUGAAAAAAACAUACAACGAUUAUCCACUCACCUGGCUUAAUGAUGACGGACCGAUAAGCAUGACCAAGCUGGAGGAGAAGUGGCUCGUGGAAAACUACUACUACUAA